AGCUAAUGAACAAAUUACAUAACAAAUAACAUGCCAUUGAACUAGUGGCAGUGAGGGCAAAUUAACCAAAUUACACACCAAAGUAUCGUAUCGUUACAGAACAUCUCAAAUGUAAAUAACAUUCCUACUCAUCUGCUGUAGUACUUCCCGCGCAGUAUGUUCUCCCAUUCACUAGGCGGCAGUAAAAAGCAAACAUGCGGCCGAACAAAGGCACGAAGAAGACGAGACACCGGCUUCCGCUCACAACAAAGUUGUCAAUGAGGGCUUAAAAAAAAUAACGUGACCGUCAAAGAAGAGGAGACAUUCGGCAACAAUGAAGCUCAACAUCGACGGUCUACUGGUGUAUUUUCCAUAUGAUUACAUUUAUCCCGAGCAGUACUCCUACAUGCUGGAGCUGAAGAGGACGCUGGAUGCUAAGGGUCAUGGCGUCCUGGAGAUGCCGUCAGGAACAGGGAAGACCAUCUCCCUGUUGUCCCUCAUUGUUGCGUACCAGAGGGCGUUCCCGCUGGAUGUGACCAAGCUCAUCUACUGCUCCAGAACGGUCCCUGAGAUUGAGAAGGUGGUUGAGGAACUCAGGAAGCUGAUGGAGUUCUAUUCCAAAGAGACCGGUGAGAAAAAUAACUUCCUGGCUCUGGCGCUUUCCUCCCGGAAGAACCUCUGCAUCCACACUGAGGUGAGCAGUCUGCGCUUUGGCAAGGAGGUCGAUGGGAAGUGUCACAGUCUGACGGCGUCGUACAUCCGUGCCCAGCGUCACAGCAACCCCAACCUGCCAGCCUGUCGCUUCUACGAGGAGUUCGAUGCCGUCGGCCGACAGGUCCCGCUCUCUGCUGGCAUCUACAACUUGGAUGACCUGAAGGACUAUGGACGCAGGAAAGGCUGGUGUCCUUAUUACCUGGCACGCUACUCGAUCCUGCACGCCAACAUUGUGGUGUACAGCUACCACUACCUGCUGGAUCCCAAGAUAGCAGACCUGGUAUCCAAAGAACUGGCCAAGAACUCUGUGGUGGUCUUUGACGAGGCACACAACAUCGACAAUGUGUGCAUCGACUCCAUGAGCGUCAACAUCACCAGGCGGACGCUGGACCGUUGUCAAGGCAACGUGGACACGCUCCAGAGCACUAUACAAAAGAUCAAGGAGACAGACGCUGCCAAACUGAAGGAGGAGUACAGGCGACUAGUGGAGGGUCUGAAGGAGGCCAACGUCGCUCGAGAAACGGACGUCUACCUCGCCAAUCCCGUGUUGCCAGAUGAGAUCCUACAAGGUAGGGCGCAUGAUGAGCAUGAAAAAAAAAGUCACUAUCCCGACAUACUGAUGGGACCGCUGCCGAUGACAGAGGCGGUUCCUGGCACCAUCCGCACUGCAGAGCACUUUGUGGGCUUCCUGAGGCGCUUCAUGGAAUAUUUAAAGUCUCGUCUGAGGGUGCAGCACGUCGUUCAAGAGAGCACCCCGCAGUUCCUCAAAGACAUCUUCGACAAAGUCUGCAUCGACCGUAAACCUCUCAGGUUUUGCGCGGAGCGUCUGCAGUCGUUGUUACGCACCCUGGAGAUCGCCGACAUCGCUGACUUUUCCGCCGUCACGCUCAUCUCCAACUUUGCCACGCUGGUCAGCACGUACAGUCAAGGUUUCACCAUCAUCAUCGAGCCCUUUGAAGACAGGACGCCAACCAUUGCUAACCCCAUCUUACACUUCAGCUGCAUGGACCCGUCCAUCGCCAUCAAGCCAGUCUUCCAGAGGUUCCAGUCGGUCAUCAUAACCUCGGGUACGCUGUCCCCACUGGAUGUCUACCCUCGCAUCCUGGACUUCCGGCCCGUCACCAUGGCAUCUUUCACCAUGACACUGGCACGCACCUGCCUCUGCCCGCUGAUUGUUGGACGAGGGAACGACCAGGUGGCUCUCAGCUCAAAGUUUGAGACCAGAGAGGAUUUUGCUGUGAUUCGUAACUACGGCAACCUGCUUCUGGAGAUGUCCGCCAUUGUUCCCGAUGGCAUUGUGGCGUUUUUCACCAGCUACAUCUACAUGGAGAACAUUGUGGCGUCCUGGUAUGAACAGGGCAUUUUGGAGAACAUUCAGAAGAACAAGCUGAUCUUCAUCGAGACACAGGACGCCGCCGAGACCAGCAUGGCGCUGGAGAAGUACCACGAGGCGUGUGAAAACGGCCGCGGAGCCAUCCUGCUCUCCGUCGCCAGAGGGAAAGUGUCAGAGGGCAUCGAUUUUGUGCACCACUUCGGCCGCGCUGUCAUCAUGUUUGGCGUUCCGUACGUUUACACGCAGAGUCGCAUCCUGAAGGCCCGCCUUGAGUACCUGCGAGACCAGUUCCAGAUCCGAGAGAACGACUUCCUCACCUUUGAUGCCAUGCGGCACGCCGCUCAGUGCGUGGGCCGAGCCAUACGAGGCAAGACCGACUAUGGGCUCAUGGUUUUUGCAGACAAGCGCUACGCCCGAGCCGACAAGCGCGGGAAGCUUCCUCGCUGGAUCCAGGAACACAUCAACGAAGGCAGCCUCAACCUGACCGUGGACGAGACGGUGCAUCUGUCCAAGCACUUCCUGCGACAGAUGGCUCAGCCCUUCAGACAGGUCCCGCUCCACAAAAACGCAAAUCUUAAAGUCCGUCAUCACCUCGCUAACAGUCCCGUCUCCCCUGUGUCGCCCCCUGCUGUGAAGGAGGACCAAUUGGGUCUGUCGCUGCUGACACUGGAGCAGCUGCAGUCGGAGGACAUGCUCAAGAAGAUCGCUCAGAUGGCUCAUCAGAGCUGAAAGUGACAUCAUGACCUUGUCUGUCAUACAGACUCUACUGUUUAGUUGUCUACUGCCGCUGUACAUUUUAUGUCAUGUCUUGUAUUUGAAUUUCUAGCCCAUAGUUUGCCACCAACGCCUGUAACAACAGUACAUCAUCAUCCACAAUAAACACAAACAUUUAUUUCCAUUGCCCACCAAGAUAUUCCAAAACAAAGAUUUUGUACUGACUAGACUCGUUUCUAUGACAACUUCUCAAUGAGACGGCUAACAUUAGCAAACUACAACCAUGUCGUAAAAACAUCUCCAAACUCGAGUUACAAAAAGUCCAAAUGACAAACUAAAAUCCUCCAGUAGAGUAGAAAUGUUACGUAGCGUUAAUAUAUAAAUAUAUCUUUCAAAAUGUUAAAUAAGCAUUAUUCCAACAGCUGAGCUCCAAAUAUUGACUUGAUCCCGCCUCCAAUUGUCCAUGCGCUGCAGCGUUAAGAGUAAAUGUGCAAAAAGCUUCUACCGUCCGUCCAAACUUCCAGGAUAAAUAAGUUCCGUUGUCGAUAUGUAAACAAGCUUAAAUGAGAUGAUGUGAAAAUGGUAAUCAUUUUAAAGGCAAGGCGUAAAGCAAACAUUUAGUCGUGUGAUGAUUGUGCAAACGUUUGUCUCUUCACAGGAAUCAUUUAAACUCCUUGCGCCCCUGCUGGGCAAAGUGUGUCAUGACGCAUCGGUGCGUCCCAAUAUCAGUGAAGGUGCACCUAAAAAUGUCUGAAAUACAAGUUUAUACUCAACUCGUAUUCGGGAAGAAAUGAUUGUGUCCUCACCUGGAAUGUAAAUGUAUGCAGAAAUACUCGGGUCCGUUAUGUAUGUGACACACACAUGCGUAAACAUUACGCAAGUCAUGUGACAGCCCAGAAACAUCCUACAUUGUUUUUUUUGGUUGUGAAAUACCAGAAUGUUCUGAGACGACAUUGUCGUUUUGUGCACUUUGGGACCCAUUUUUGUGUUUCCACGCUACCAAAACGUAUGUAAACAAAA